AUGCCACUAACUCUGGAUAAAUUCGAUAUUGGAUUCCUCGAUGUGAACCAACUAGCUUCAACUUUUACAAAAUUCAAUUCAUUUCAGAACAAAAAUGCACAUCAACAGGAGCGUACCGUAAUUGCUCUACGUGCUCUUGAGUUAAUGGACACUUAUCAAGCAAUUCAUCCUUGUGGCCAUGAUAUGAUUAGUCAUCUAAAAUACUUUGGCGUUAAAUCAAAAUAUAGUGCGGUCUGGGCACGAGAAGUGGAACGUCAAAGCGAGGAAGUUUUGACAGUGGGUAAGGAUAAAAGUUCCAACAUUCAUAAGGAGUCCGUGGAUUCCAUGAAUCCUGAAGAAUGUCACGAAUUGUUUGAUUUCAUAAAAAAGUGUGUUAUUAUAUUAUUGAUUGAGAGAAAAUACUCAGAGGCCCAUUAUUUCUUGAAUAGCUAUGCUACGGUGGUUCAAUUCCUGACCCAGCCUAAAUCUGCGGAUGAAUUGAAGAAUAAUCGAUAUGUGGAGUAUUUAUUCUUGCAAUAUUCUGCUAAUGUAUUCCAAACAAUUUGGUUCCCAGUGGAUGAACAGACUGGCAAUAGUAGUUUAGAUAAGGUUAUAUCUUCAAGUUCAUUUAAACCUUUGGAGACUAUUUAUAAGAAAAUUUCAACAUAUUACUCUAAGAAUGAAGCCGUGUUUAGUACCAGACAGAAUGAAGGAAACUACGAUGAAUUGCAUUAUUACUGGAUGAUUAAAAUGUUGUAUAUGGCAAUGUUGUUUAAACAAUUCAAAUUUAUUGAAUUUUAUGAUGAAUUUUAUUCCUUGUUUUUGAAUUAUGAAAGCAAAAUACAAGUGUCUGGAUUAAAUCCAUUGCAAUUUCUUAUUAAGGGAGAUUCAAUUUUGAAAUCGAAUUUGUUGCUAAUGUUUGGUAUUGUUUCUAUAUUUUUAAAGCCAGCUUGUUCACUUUCAUUUAUGAACGAUGAUAUAAUUAUUGACUUGUUCAAUGAAAAUGAGUCAAGUUUGGAAUUUUUGUUUUAUAACCAAGUGUUAAUUCCAUUGUCAAGACGGGACUUAUUUACCGUUCAAACUACAUUGCAUGAUCAGUUGUUUCUUGAUAGAUUGUACGCCUAUUUGGAAAAUAGUUUGCCAACUGGAGCUGCAAGUAAAUAUUCCCCGACACACACAUUUAUUGAGUAUAUGUGGAAAAUCAUUGAUUUCAAGAAUUUUCUAGUUAUAAUGUCAGUAACUAAGCAAAUUACUCGAACAAGAGUAAUUGAAUUGUUGGGGUAUGAUUUAGCCGAUAGUGAGGUUGUCAAUCAAGUAUCUAAUAACUUGAUUGUGCUUAUUUCUGCGUUAGGAUUGGGCAACGGUGGAAUUCAAUAUUUGGCUUCUAGUGAAUUGUUUAUUCACACUAGUCCAAAUAAGACUGCAGAAUCCGUUGAAUUACAAGAAGAUAUUGAAGAAUUGAAUAAUGAAGUAAAGGGAAUGACAUUAUCAAGCAUGAUGACAUCAAUCUUGAUUGAAAAGUUCUUUAGUUAG